AUGUCUUGGUUUUCAUCACAGUGGGACCGAUGGGCGAACGGCCCCAAUGGAUUUUCGCGCUCCUCUAGUGGUGGUGAUGCUCAGAUUCGUAGGAUCGAGGUGGUUUGGGGUCGAGAAAGACUACAAAUCGUACUUGCACGUACAGCAGAGCCCGUGACACUUGGUGAUCUGCGCCACGAAAUCGCUUCGAUUACGUCUCUGCCUUACGAAAAAAUCAAACUUAUCUACCGAGGACUCGUCCUGAAAGAUGAUCGACUUGCGCUUACCGCGUACGGUCUCUCUGAAGGCUCUCGUAUUGGGCUGGUCGGGAGCCGAGACGAAGGCGAUAAACCCGGUGCAAAGACGUCCGUGGGUGUUGGAGCGUUGUCGGUGGGAGAGCAGAAAGCGCGUGAGAAAAAGGCCAAGGAGGCGGAUACCAGCGAACAAGGAUUGAUGUCGAGGAUCACAGAAGCAUUGGAGACCUCGAGGAAACAGCUAUUCCCCCAAGUGGAGAGUGUAGAGCGAGCGGUCGCCUCUCAACAGGCAGGCACGCCAACACAAGUGUCGGAAGCAUCGACAAGAGCGCCAUCGCGUGACCAAGCGGUCGCGUCAGCGACAGACGCAACAUCGGAAGCCAUGUCACAUGAACAAAUUACCGACGCACAUCGAAGACUCUCAGAGCUGCUCUUGAGACAGCUUCUCGCGUUGGACUCGGUCAACGUCAACAGCGAUACCACGCGACAGGCACGCAAGAUCGCCGUCAAGCAAGUGCAGAGCCAUCUCGAUCGCCUCGAUGCUGCGUAUUCAGAGUACAAGAGCCGCCAGAAGUAG